AUGGCCGGCGCCAUACAAUCAUCUGAUACAGACCCUGCUGAAAUUAUGCGUCUGGCCGUAGAAGGAUUUCGAGCCAAAAUGGAGGCCUCCAAUCGUCGAUUUCUACAAGAUCGUAUCGACGAGAUUGAAGCCAUGGGUCUCUCUACCGAGGAGGAGAAAUUUAACGAGAUGUCCUUGUACUGGCAUGAUUUAGGCGCCAAAUGCGAGCCAAAGUGGAAUAAUACGGCCUCCCCAGGUCAUGUUCGACAAUCGCGCGAGGCGAGAAAUGCUACACGGCUAGAAGAUGUCAAAACUAUCUAUCACCAGUACAUGGACGGAAUCAUCUCGCCAACUUUAGUAACUGAUAAAUGGCGCCAGAUGUACUUAGAAGUCUUAAAGGGUGUAUGCAACGAGGCAAUGGCGCAGAAUCAAGGGGGCGAGGAUGAGGACUUCGAGAUCCCAAUGUGCUACGAACUAGGCCACUUCAUCAAAUACGCUAAUGGCGUUCAAGAUCCAGAUUUCCGCCGCUCAGGUAUUUGUCCAUUUGAACCCGUCCCUCCUGUCGGAAGGGAGGAAUAUGCAUUUCCAGAGCACGCGGCUGUGCUUAGACUUCCUACUCCUCGAGUCUCAACCUCUCGGGAAAUAUUAAAAGAAUACCUACGAGGGAGAAUACUUGAUGAGACAUUUAUUCUAGGCACUGUGGAUGAAGACUUGGAAGUCAAGGUUGGAUUUCAAACUGGCCUCGGCUGUCGCGCAGGACAUGACGAAUGGUACAGCGCCUAUCUAUACUGUCGUCGAUGUGAUGAUGACUCUGACCCAUCUCUCAAAGACUGGGCCUGGCGUGUUUCGUUCUUCCGGGCUGAUGUUGGAAACCCGACUACUCUUUACGGGCGGUAUCCACGAUUUGAUUCCAUACCCGAGUUCUUAGAUUGGUAUAGCAGCUGGCUGGUUUACGUGGAUAUGAAUGAGGUCCGGAAAAACGUACGGUGCCUCUAUGGCGAUGAUGAUUAUUACUCAGACAUGAACUAA